AUGGAGCAAUUUCUUCGUGAAGACAUACGUAAGCUGGUUCUUGAAGAAAUUGACGCAGAAAGCUUGGAGAAGAUGGUAAGUGUCGGGCUUUGGUGCAUUGAAGAAGAACCAGUAGCCCGUCCUUCAAUGAAGAAGGUGAUUCAGACGUUGGAAGGCACCGAGUUGGGAAACCAAGAAAAAUCCAUUGCCAACGCCACACAGCCUGCUGCGGUGGCUUCCCUGCUCGACUCUGGCAACUUUGUCCUCUAUGAUUCGAAUUUAACAAUUAUAUGGCAAAGUUUUGAUUACCCAACGGACACCCUUUUGCCUGGCCAACAACUACGAGCUUCAUUGGCUAAUUACAAUGAGCUGGUUUCUAGCAGCUCUGAAACCAAUCACUCGAAAGGAAACUUCCUGAUCUUGGUUCAAUCUGAUGGGAACAUUGUGAUGUAUCCAGUGGGUUAUCCUGCUACUUCGGACUAUGCUUAUUGGGCAACAGGUACAUUUGUUGGAGGGAGUGCGACACUGGCGCUAGAUGGAAACGGCCGCUUGUACGUGCUCAAUGGUACUGGUGUCCAAAACAACAUUACCAAUGAGUCUGAUGGGAAGACGUACCGUGCAACAAUUGACGCAGAUGGGAUAUUCCGGCUGUAUUCUCAUGACUUGAAUGGGAGUGGUAAUUGGUCGAUCGUAUGGCGCAAAGGAAUUUGGGUUGCAAUAAAAAUUUCAGUACAGAAAGUUGAGCUUCCAAAAAAUGAACAUACAGAGUACAUUACUCAAGAAUUGCAAAAUGUUGUAUGGCAAGAAAGCACAUAUGCCACUUUGUUCUCUGUGACGAAAGAAGAAUGCAACCGGGCCUGUUUAGAGGACUGCAACUGUGAAGCUGCUUGGCACCAAGAUCAAAAUUGCAGAAAACAAAAGCUUCCUUUGACACUUGGGAGAAUAAAGCAAGAAGAUGCCCACUCAACCGCAACAUUUUUCAAAGUAGGCAUCGACUCAGGUAGGAAUGUGACCAAGAAAGUAUGGCAAAUGAAUAUCUUAAUUGUUGGUGUUGCAUGUCUAGCUUUCGCACUCAUUGUGCUAGCUUUUUCAGCUGGUCUUAUUUUCAGAUAUCGUCUUUGGGCAUACAAAGAGAUUUCUAGUGAAUCUAAUGAAGGAUUGAUCGAGGAUGUCUCUCUGCGAUCGUUUACUUAUAAUGAACUCCAAGUUGCAACAAAUGGCUUCAUCGAGCAAUUGGGUAGGGGCUCUUUUGGGACUGUUUUUAAGGGCACAUUGUCAAAUGGGCAGAAGACCAUCGCCGUCAAGAGACUGGAGAAAGUGGUGGCUGAAGGAGAAGUAGAAUUCCGAAAUGAGAUGAGGUCCAUUGCACGAACCCACCAAAAAAAUCUUGUCCGGUUGCUCAAUUAUUGCCACUAUCGUUCCGAUCGGCUUUUGGUGUACAAGUACAUGAGCAAUGGAACACUCGCGGACUACCUCUUCAAAUCCCGAGUAAAGCCAAAUUGGGACGAAAGAAUUAAAAUCGCUUUGAAUAUAGCUAGAGGAAUCCGAUACUUACACGAGGAAUGUGAAACCCAAAUUAUCCAUUGUGUUGAGGUUAUCCUACAUCGGUUGUGGAAGGGGCUGGUGGCCACUUUAUGUGUGAGGGAAAGCCUCUCCUCUUGA